AUAUGUCAGGAGUGUGAUAAUGCCUUUACUCGAUCCUCAGGCCUCAUUAUACAUAGUAGUAUUCACACUGGAGAUAAACCGUAUAUAUGUAAGGAAUGUCGAAAGGCCUUUACUCAAUCCUCAGGCCUCAGUAAACAUAGGAGAAUUCACACUGGAGAGAAACCAUAUAUAUGUAAGGAAUGUGGAAAGGCCUUUACUCAAUCCUCAGGCCUCAUUAUACAUAGGAGAACUCACACUGGAGAGAAACCAUAUAUAUGUAAGGAAUGUGGGAAGGCCUUUGCUAGACCUUCAAACUUUACUGUACAUAGGAGAAUUCACACUGGAGAGAAACCGUAUAUAUGUAAGGAAUGUGGGAAGGCCUUUCCUGAAUCCUCAAGACUUCGUGUACAUAGGAGAAUUCACACUGGAGUGAAACCCUGUAUAUGUAAGGAAUGUGGGAAGGCCUUUGCGAAAGCCUCAACUCUUAGUGAACAUAGGAGAAUUCACACUGGAGAGAAACCGUAUAUAUGUAAGGAAUGUGGAAAGGCAUUUGUUAGACCCUCAAGACUUAUUGUACAUAGGAGAAUUCACACUGGAGAGAAACUGUAUAUAUGUAAGGAAUGUGGAAAGGCCUUUACUCAAUCCUCAGGCCUCAGUAUACAUAGAAGAAUUCACACUGGAGAGAAACCGUAUAUAUGUAAUGAAUGUGGGAAGGCCUUUGCUGCAGCCUCAACACUUCAUCAACAUAGGAAAAUUCACACUGGAGAGAAACCAUAUAUUUGUAAGGAAUGUGGAAAGACCUUUCCUGGAGACUCAAGACUUACUGCACAUAUGAAAAUUCAUCUCAGAGAGAAACCUCAUCAGUGUCAGACAUGCGGGAAGCCAUGA